CCAAGACACAACUUAUAUUGACACAAAAUCCGAUACUGACGAAUUAUACGCUAGAGAGAAAGUACCGAUAUGUGAUCUUUGUGGUGAAAGCUUCAGUCUAAAGUCAGAUUUAUUGAAACACGUCAUGGAUCAUAUCCACAGCCCUUCAAGCGCGGAGCAGGAAGGGAGUGGACACAGUUAUGCAUUUGAUGGUCAAUGGACGCAGGAGCAGGAGCGCGCCCUGUGCCGCAAACACGAUAUUUGGGACUGCUGCGUGCUUCUCAAACGCCUCCAACACCACGAGGCUCUCGCCAGCAACGAUACCCAAUACAUAACUCAAACUGACACGGAAUCUGAUACAGAGGAAGUACACACUAGAGUUGACUAUGAGAAACCAACAUGUGAUCUUUGCGGAGAAAGUUUUGCACUGAAAUCCGAUUUGAAGAAACAUAUCAUGAUUCAUAUCCAUGUACCUACCACAUACCAUCCACAAGCGGGUACUGAUACGGAAUCAGAUGCUGAAGAGAAAAACAUCGAUAUUGACUGUGAGCAUGAACCUACAUGUGAAUUUUGUGGCGAGAAAUUUGCUCUAGACUCAAAUUUAAUGAAACAUGUUAUGAUCCAUAUGUAUGUAGCUCGCACUAAACAAUUCUAUGAAAAUUCAGAAAUUCAUGCUUAUGGGUGUGACACUUGCGGUAAAAAAUUUCAGCGAAAAAAUAGCUUAAAGCAUCACAUUAAGACGCACUCAACACAGUCAAACUCUAAGGACUUGAAAUGCAAUAACAUAAGAGAGAAAUCAUACAACUGCGAACGAGAUAGGUUAAAAAGACAUUUACUAAUUCACACGGACUUAAGACCAUAUUCGUGUGACGUAUGUGAAAAACGAUUUAGAACUGGGAGUCACUUAAAAACUCAUACACUGAUUCAUGGUGACAUAAGACCAUAUUCGUGUGACGUAUGUGAGAAACGAUUUACAACUGGGAGUCACUUAAAAACUCAUACACUGAUUCAUGGUGACAUAAGACCAUAUUCAUGUGACGUAUGUGAAAAACGAUUUAGAACUGGGCGUAAUUUAAAAGCUCAUACACUGAUUCAUGGUGACAUAAGACCAUAUUUGUGUGACGUAUGUAAACAACGAUUUAGAAGUGGGAGUGAUUUAAAACAACAUACACGGAUUCAUAGUGGGGAAAAACCAUACACAUGCAAAGUAUGUAACAAACGGUUCACGCAACUGUCAACCUUAAGGCAACAUGAAUUUACACAUACUGGAGAAAGGCGAUUUUCCAAUGACAUAUGUAACAAGCGGUUUGUCCGAAAAGAGAUGUAGAGAGACACAUUAGCACUAUUCAUUUAUUACGUAAGACUAUUUAAGGAGUGCGGGGGGGCGACCACGAGAGCAAUUAUCUAAAAUCGCAUGACAUAUGUUGGGGUAGACCUCGGCGGACUUUCUCUGAUCAGAUCGGGGAAAUCCUGAAGAAACGCCAGGUCAAGAGUACCCUAAACCGGCGAGCGUGUAUGAGGAUUGUUAUGAAAGUGAAGGAAGCGAAAGAUGCACAUCAGAAUCGUAGCAAGUGGAAAUUCGUGGUCUCUGCUUACCCUUCCGGGAAAUAGGCGUGAUUAUAUGUAUGUAUGUAUGCAUUAACUGUUUAAUGAUAACUUUUUUAAACAAGAUGAGAGAGCUGUCACUUGUCCACAUAGAUAUAAUACAGCCCGUACACACUCGUCGAAAGCGCCGAGAGUCUCGGCAUCGCUCCGAUACAAUAGUAAUAUGAAGGCCCUUGUACACAAUGGGCCAGAGUGGGCCAGUCUGGGAGACGCAUUUAUGCGUUAG